AUGAAAUGGUGUCCUAUUGCUGUGCUCUGUCGUCUGCGAUUCCUUCCAGGUUCGAUGGUGAGUGUGAUGUCAUCAAGUCGCGCUUCUCGUUUGACAUCUUCCGAGCCCUACUGUGUAAAUUCAUCCCAUAACAAGCAUCACAGAGCGUAUACUGCCAUCCCGAUUACAUGUCUUGGUAAUCCUAUGAGUAUCAGCAUUGCAGCAUGUGAACGCGCAUGUUUGUUUUCACGUAGGCAAAAGAGAGCGACGAAGGGACACUUCUCAGCAAAGGUGUGCGAUAGGAAUAAGAGGACAUGGGACUGA